AUGAACGGCGAGUCCGGCAAAAGAGAUGUUAAAAACCAUCUGUUAUUCGAGAUUGCCACCGAAGUAGCGAAUCGAGUUGGUGGAAUUUAUUCAGUGCUCAAGUCUAAAGCUCCUGUCUCUACUGCCGAGUAUGGCGAGCGCUACUGCCUCAUUGGCCCUCUCAACAAGAACUCGGCCGCCGUUGAAGUCGAGCAGAUCGAUCCUCCCCCAGGCCACCUCCGAGACAGUAUAAAUGCCAUGCAAGAGAGGGGCGUUGAGUUGAUGUACGGACGAUGGCUUAUCGAAGGUGCACCCAGAGUGCUUCUCAUCAACACCGGAACUGGCUACCGAUGGCUUGACGAGUGGAAAGGCGACCUCUGGACCCAAGCCGCCAUUCCCUCACCUGCAGGUGACCACGAGACAAACGAGGCAAUUGUUUUCGGCUAUUUGGUGGCCUGGUUCUUGGGCGAGUUUGUUGCGCGAGAACAAACCCGGGCCGUUGUCGCCCACUUCCACGAAUGGCUUGCUGGGGUUGCGAUUCCUUUGACGAAAAAGCGACAGAUGGACGUGACAACCAUCUUUACCACUCAUGCUACCCUGCUCGGCCGUUAUCUUUGCGCCGGCUCCGUUGAUUUCUACAACAACCUGCAGUACUUCGACGUCGACGCAGAAGCCGGAAAGCGUGGUAUCUACCAUAGAUACUGUGUCGAGCGUGCCGCUACCCACUCAUGCGAUGUCUUCACCACAGUCUCCCACAUUACGGCUUUUGAAAGCGAGCACCUCCUCAAACGGAAACCUGACGGCGUUCUUCCAAACGGUCUCAAUGUCAAGAAGUUCUCUGCUGUCCACGAGUUCCAGAAUCUACAUUCCGUCCAGAAAGAGAAGAUCCACGAGUUCGUCCGAGGCCACUUCUACGGUCAUCUCGACUUCGAUCUGGAGAACACGCUAUACAUCUUCACCGCAGGGCGAUACGAGUACCGAAAUAAAGGUGUGGACAUGUUCAUCGAAUCUCUGGCCAGAUUAAACCAUAGGCUCAAGGUCGCCGGCAGUAAGACCACAGUAAUCGCGUUCAUGAUCAUGCCUGCACAGACCUCGUCCCUCUCGGUCGAGUCGCUCAAAGGCCAGGCUGUCACCAAGGCAUUGGCAGAUACCGUGGGCAACAUUGAACGUGGUAUCGGUCGCAGACUCUUUGAACGCUCGGUACACUGGAAGGAGGGCGAUCCUAUGCCUGAUGAGAAGGAAUUGAUCACGCCUGCAGACCGAGUCGUGCUCCGAAGAAGACUGUUCGCCAUGAAGAGAGGCGGCCUUCCCCCCAUCGUCACGCACAACAUGGUCAACGACGCAGAAGAUCCAGUCCUGAAUCAGCUUCGCCGUGUCCAGCUCUUCAACCAUUCAUCUGAUCGUGUCAAGGUUAUUUUCCACCCGGAAUUCCUCAACUCUUCGAAUCCUGUCCUCUCGCUGGACUACGACGACUUCGUUCGUGGUACCCAUCUCGGCGUUUUCUCAUCCUACUACGAGCCUUGGGGUUACACACCUGCCGAAUGUACCGUCAUGGGAGUCCCUUCGAUUACCACCAAUCUAUCCGGAUUCGGUUGUUAUAUGGAGGAGCUGAUCGAGAACUCAUCUGACUACGGCAUCUACAUUGUGGACCGAAGAACCAAAGGCGUCGAUGAGUCUGUCAACCAACUCACAGAUUACAUGUUCGACUUUGCUCUGAAGAGUCGACGACAAAGGAUCAACCAGCGGAAUCGCACCGAGCGUCUCAGCGAUCUACUCGAUUGGAAGAGAAUGGGAAUGGAAUAUGUUAAGGCUCGACAACUUGCUCUUCGUCGCGCAUAUCCGGCCUCAUUCCAGGAUGAGGCUGAUUCGGAAGAUUUCUUUGGCGAGACUGGCCAGAAGAUCUCCAGACCACUGUCUGUACCCGGUUCGCCAAGAGAUCGCAGUGGCAUGAUGACACCUGGUGACUUUGCGUCGCUGCAAGAAGGCAUGGAGGGUCUCAGUACAGAGGACUACAUUGCCUGGAAGCUCCCUGAGGAGGACGAGCCUGAUGAGUAUGCCUUGCCACUAACCCUCAAGAAAGGGAAGGGUUCUGGUGCGAACUCGCCGGCUCCUCUUAUGGCUGCUGCCAACGGCGCCUCGUAA